AUGGACUACUCAGCUGCUGCUAGUGAGGCUGACGCUCUUCACGGCGCCUCACCCUGGGGUUCUUCUUCUCCCCGUGCCUCUAGAGGGUUUGCCCAACCCCCACCAGAUUCUCCAGAGUCACCACAACCGAUCCGAGGGCAUUCCUACAAUCAAUCCCGAGACAGCAUUCCUGAUAGCCCUUACCUACCUCCUCCGAAUCAAUCUAAUGUGUCUGCCCCUGGAGAUGGCGGGGCCUCCGGAGAUCGGGUCGCUGCUCCCCAGCAUCAAAAUCCAGAAGAGGCCGCAGCGCAUGCACAGGCUUCCGCAAUACAUCCCCAAGAUCUCCAAGGAGCAGCGGUUGGGCAACAGUAUGCUGGUCAGCCGCAGCAACGACCGGGCGCAGCAAGAUAUCAUAGCGCAAGGCAGAGCAGGCCGGUACCACAAUAUAAACUGCAAGCCAAAGUGACUGCGCUGGAGCGAACGGGACGCAAAGAUCCCGUUAUCAGAUUUGAUGUUUAUACUAACCUCCCCAAAUUUCGUACCACUCAAUUCCGAGAUGUCCGUCGAACACACUCGGAAUUCGUCAAACUUGCGGACCAUCUUAUAUCUUCGAACCCAGAGGCCCUUGUUCCUGCCGUGCCUCCCGCUCAAACUUCGGCCGGAGUAGGCACUGACGAAGAUGAAGCCAGGGUCAAGGCGGCAAUACAAAGAUGGUUGAAUGCUGUAUGUGGCAACGAUGUCCUCAUGCGUGAUGAGGAGAUGGUAUUUUUUGUGGAGAGUGAUUUUGGGUACUCCCCUGUGGUGAGAAUGAAACAACCAGCGACUGGUGUAAGGCGGAAAGUCUUAAAACAGUUCGCACCACCGCCUGAUGAUACGCCUGAGCUGCACGAUGCGAGGCCUAUUGUCAAGGCCUUCUAUCUCAGUUCGCUGGACACAAGCCAAAGACUUGAGAAGGUUGUUAAGGCCAGACGCGCACUUGGCCUCGCAGAAUCGUCCCUUGGAGAAAAACUUGGGCAAAUGAGUGUUCAAGAGAUACACCCAGGUCUGGCGACAGCAUACCGCAAACUCGGUCGCAUUAUUCAAACAUGCGGGGAUUACCACGCGGCGCAAGGAACUGCUGAAGCCACGACAUUAGGGGAUGCACUUGCGUAUCACUCCUCUGACGCUUUCAUCGUCAAGGAAACUUUGACGAAUCGACAUAUCCUGCUCCGGGAGCUCCUCCAGACAGAGGCAUCCCGUCGGAGUAAGGAAAACGCGGUCCAACGCCUCAAAAGCUCUUCCAGCGUUCGCAGAGAUAAAGUUGAUGAAGCGAUCUCGGCGCUCGACGAAGCAAUCUCUCAAGAAAACUACCUUCGCUCCAAAACCCAACGCGUGACGGCAAAUUUACUGCUCGAGAAAAGACGCUGGUUCAGUCGCACGUCCGCCGAAUUCAUGCUCUCCCUUCGUGAGUACGUCUUGCGUCAAAUCGAAGCAGAGCGCCGCACGCUUGCAACUCUCGAAAGUGUUAGGCCGGAUAUCCGGGCAAUUGAUGCGUCUGGCGGUCUGAGCAGAUUGGGGCGGGAGAACCAUCCCACCGUAAGGCGGAUUAGCAUGGCCAGCAGUCAGGGUGCGAAAGGCGACGCGUGGUCCGGUGUCCCGCGGAGCAGGGAUGCUCUUUCUAGAAGCAUGUCUGGAAGCUUUGGCCCUGGCGCGCUGGGUGUUCCUCUUCCAGAAGAGAGUGAAAAUGGGACGAACGGUGCAGGAGUGGCUCAAGGGGGGCGACCGAGAAGUGCGACCGGAGCCAGUCUGGAGAGGGUCAAGGAAGACGAAGACGAGGAUCGUGUCGAUGCUAGGAACGCCGCCAGUCGGUUGGCGCAGAGCACCUUCUGA